AUGAUUCGAACUGUAUCUGACUUGACCAUAUUUGUCUUUGGUUUAAUGGCUAUCUCAGCAGGUCUAUUCGGUUUAAUAAGGCCUGAAACAUUAUUAAACAGAAUGAAUUUGAUUGUUCUCGAUCGAUCAACACGUCAAGAUGGUGAUUAUACCAUAGCAUUCCUACUUUCUUCAUCGAUGGCUUCAUUUAAUAUGGGUAUAUACUACUUACUAGCAGCUUGGAAUCAAUGGAUAAAAUUUUAUCAAUUUACAGUUGUUUUCCGAUUGGUAACAGUUGCAGUAUUCAUUUUGGCUAUUAAGAAUGGCCACGCACCGGAAGGUCUUAUUGGUAUAGUAAUAUGGGAGUUGGCAGGAGCAUUAACUACAGGAGCAGCUUUGUGGUAUGAAGCGAAUAAUAGAAAGAACAAGGUGAAACAAACACUAUAG